GCUUCCUCCUCCAUCUCGUCAAUCGAUGCUAUCGGAAUUUGACAAGGUGGUUUCAUUGCUCAGACUAAGUAAUCAAUCCGUGACUUUUUCUGAUGCAACAGUGUGACAGAGCCGUAUACAGCACGAGGAAAGCGGUGUUGCCGAAUUUUCCAGCUCACUAAGGUGUAAGGGUUGUGGACAGAAAACAAGAUGAACACAGAAGAAAAGUUUCAUCUCAUCACCAGAAAUCUGCAGGAAGUACUGGGUGAAGACAAGUUGAAAGAAAUCUUGAAAGAGAAAGAUCUCAGGAUAUACUGGGGAACAGCCACCACAGGAAAGCCACAUGUUGCUUACUUUGUGCCAAUGUCAAAAAUUGCAGACUUCCUGAAGGCAGGUUGUGAGGUUACCAUCCUUUUUGCUGAUCUUCAUGCUUAUCUUGACAAUAUGAAGGCACCAUGGGAUCUGCUGGAGUUAAGGACCAAGUAUUAUGAGCAAGUGAUCAAAGCUAUGCUGGAGAGUAUUGGUGUCCCCCUGGAGAAGCUGAAGUUUGUUAGGGGUACAGAUUUCCAACUCAGCAGGGAAUACACACUGGAUGUCUAUAAACUUUCUUCAUCAGUAACUCAACAUGAUGCUAAAAAAGCUGGUGCUGAAGUGGUGAAGCAGGUGGAUCAUCCCCUUCUGAGUGGUUUGCUGUACCCUGGAUUACAGGCUCUGGAUGAAGAAUAUCUAAAGGUGGAUGCCCAAUUUGGAGGAGUAGACCAAAGGAAAAUCUUUACUUUUGCUGAAAAGUACCUACCUUCCAUUGGUUACACCAAACGUAUUCACCUCAUGAACCCAAUGGUACCUGGCCUGACUGGAGGGAAGAUGAGCUCUUCAGAGGAGGAAUCAAAAAUUGACCUUCUUGAUAAAAAAGAAGAUCUAAAGAAGAAACUAAAGAAGGCAUUCUGUGAACCAGGGAAUGUUGAGAAUAAUGGAGUCUUGUCCUUCGUUAAAUAUGUCCUGUUUCCUCUACACUCUGAAUUUGUCAUUCGAAGGGAUCCCAAGUUUGGGGGAGACAAGACAUACACAGUUUUUGAAGAAUUAGAGAAGGACUUUGCAGAACAGCAAGUGCACCCAGGAGAUCUAAAAUCAUCUGUGGAGGUUUCACUGAAUAAGCUGCUGGAUCCAAUCAGGAAGAAGUUUGAAAAUCCUGAGCUGAUCAAACUUACUGAGUCUGCCUACCCUGACCUUGUAAAACAGAAAGCUGCACCAAAAGGAAAUCCUAAAACAGCAGACAAUGAUGAUAUUGUUCCUUCAAGGCUGGAUAUUCGUAUUGGUAAAGUGAUCAGUGUUGAAAAGCAUCCUGAUGCUAACAGUUUAUUUGUGGAGAAGAUUGAUGUUGGGGAACCAGAACCUCGAACGGUAGUCAGUGGGCUGGUGGAUUACAUCUCAGCAGAAGACCUUCAGGACAGACUGGUGGUAUUGCUCUGUAACCUAAAGCCUCAGAAGAUGAGGGGCAUAGAAUCCCAGGCCAUGUUGUUGUGUGCAUCCAAAGAUAUGAAUGGAAAGAAAGUGGAACCACUUAACCCACCAGAGGGAUCAGCUCCUGGUGACCAUGUGUUUGUUGAAGGGUAUGAGGACGGCAAACCAGAUGAGGAAUUAAAACCAAAGAAGAAAGUUUUUGAGAAGCUGCAGGUUGACUUCCACAUCUCAGAUGGUUGCAUUGCUCAAUGGAAAGAAAGAAACAUUAUGACAAAACUUGGACAGAUCACCUGCAAAUCACUGAAAGGAGGAAACAUUAGUUAAAGACAAUUUUGAACUUUCUGCUGCAUUUUCACAUCCCUGUUUGAAAAGAUCUCAAGGAUAUUUGUUGUUUUGUUGUCAUCACUGUUGCAGUCCAUUAAGCCAACUUCAGUACUCUGGGUGAUAAUAAUAAAGCAUACAGAAAGUCAGCAUUGGGUCAAGAGUCCUCUGAAUCACCUGCUGUUCCUGCUAGAAUGCAACUUCAGCUGAUGUUACCUCAGUUCAAACCAGUGCUCUGCAGAGACGCCUCUUCAAAACCCUGGGUGCUGCUUUAAAAGGGAAGGCACUUACAAGAGUACAGAUGUGGGUGUAUAUAAUCAGUUAUUACCAGGGCUUGAAUCUGCUAUUACAACCCUCUCAUAUCAUGCUGUAAUUGACUUUAAUUUUACUGACUUGUAAUUAAAAACUUCAUCUGUAAUUUUAAUCUGAAUUAAAGCUAUAAUGAUCAUAU